AUGGCUUCCCAUUUGCUUCGUGCUUCUCUUCGUGCUAUUGCUCGUCCUGCUACUCGCAAGGUCUUCACCACCGCCACUCCUUCUUUGGCUCCUCGCAUGAUGGCUGUUGCCCGUCCUAUGGGUGCUCGCUUCAUGAGCAGCGGCACUGUCGACUCUGAUCUUGCCCACAAGCUCAACGAGGAAUUGCAAUAUGAAAAGUCGACUGAAGAGUCCUCCCAACCCGAGUUUAUCAGUGAGUUCUUGGCUGCCAACCAGUUCGAGAUUGAAGAUAAGCAAGGUCAUGAUGAAGUCGCUUUGACCCGCAACUUUGGCAACGAAAAGAUUCGCGUCCUCUUCUCUAUUGCUGAUAUCAACAAUGCUGCCCCUGAUGACUUUUUGGUUGAGAAUGAGGAAGGUGAAGAAGCUAUGGCUCCCUCGUUCCCCGUUCGUGCAUCCGUUACCAUUGAAAAGGAGGGUAAGGGCGUUGUUACUAUCGAUACUGUUGCUCAGGAUGGUGAAAUGGCUAUUGAGAGCGUCAUGUUUUAUGGUGAUUCCAAGCUCGCUGGUGAGCAAUCCGCUGAAGCUGACUGGCAACGUCGUGGUUUGUACAUUGGUCCCCAGUUCUCUGAAUUGGAUGAGAACUUGCAAGUGUUGUUUGGCCGCUAUCUCGAGGAACGUGGUGUCAAUGCUGGCCUCGCCGCCUUCUUGCCUGACUACGUUGAAUACAAGGAACAAAAGGAAUACGUUAACUGGCUCGAAAAGGUCAAGGGCUUUGUUUCCGCAUAA